AUGAAUCCAGAUGGGCUUCAAGGGAACCGAGAGUUCAUAGUUGAAGUCUUUAUGCUUAGCUUAUUCCACGACUCCAAUCUCGUUACACUCAUCGGUUACUGUACUUCUGGUGAUCAGAGACUUCUUGUCUAUGAAUACAUGCCAAUGGGCAGCUUAGAAGAUCACCUCUUUGGUGCGGCUCGGGGAAUAGAGCAUCUUCACUGCACAGCAAACCCACCAGUUAUUAACCGCGACUUGAAAUCCGCAAACAUAUUGCUAGACAAAGAGUUCAACCCCAAGCUCUCUGAUUUUGAACUAGCUAAACUCGGUCAUGUAGGAGAUAGAAAUCAUGUCUCCACAUGUGUCAUGCAGUGA